CCUCCUCCUCCUCCUAUACUCCGCUCUCUGGCUCCGCGGCUUGUCAUUCACUAGAAGAUGGCGGACUGUGCUCCACUAUUAGAUGAGGAACUCUCGUCCUUUGUCUUCAAUUACCUGACAGAAAACUCCGGCAGCCAGUAUGGGGAGGAGGAAGUGUGUUCCGACCGUUUGGACACCGACUUCCCGGACAUCGACCUCUCCCAGCUGGACACCAGCGACUUCGACAGCGUCAACUGUCUCAGUGAGCUGCAGUGGUGCAACGAUCAGCCUGCGGAUGCGUCACCAGCCUCCAUCCACUAUAGCACGGCAGAUGAGCUCUUCGAGAUAGAAGAGGAGAAUGCGGCUCUGCUCGCCGCUCUGACCGACAGUUUGGAUGGCAUCGUGGACGCCGAGGUGGGCGGGCUCUCCGUCUUCCCAGCCCUGGGAGAGGAGCCCGACCAGGAGGACGAGGAAGAGGACGGUCUUCCUCUCAGUGCUGAGGACUUCAGCCAGUCCCUGGGGGCCGAGACGGAGGACCCAUCGCUACUGAAGAAACUCCUGCUGACUCCUCCCAACGUGCCCGCGGGCGCCGACGCACACAAAGACGGGGUCCACGGCCAUCGCUAUAGCAACAGAAGCCUGCAGCUACGGCCGGUCAGACCUCUGGUCAAGAGUGACCUCCCUCAGGAGCGGAAGCCCCGGGCGGUGCGUCCAGCGGGGCGCCUCUGCACCGAGCUCCACCGCCACCUCACCACCGCCCAGGACGCGGAGGACUUCCCAGCCCCCGACACAGAGGAAGACGAGGAGGAAGAAGAGGACGAGGACAGCGAGUCGGAGGAGGACGAAGAGGAGGAAGGGGAAGAAGAGGAGGAGUCUUCCAGCAGCGAGGUGGAGGGCGCAGCGGUGGUGGCUGCUGUCCCCGCCGAGCCAGCUAAACCUCUCUUCAGCUCAGAGAAAGAACUGCACUCAGUGGUGGAGCUGAUCACGUACAUGCACACCUACUGCCUGCCCACGCGUAAGCAGCAGGGCUGGGAGCGCAAGGACCGUGACCUCCCGAGGUCUCGGGCCCGACCUGAGGCCUCCCGCCCGGCCGCCGCAAACUCUCACAGUAGAGUUGUCUUGGUGGCCACUCCUGGGACUAGUGGGGGCUUGCCUGGCGCAGGCAAUGGCGCCCCCAGGAGGCUCCCCUUUGCAAGGCAGAGGGAGAUGAAGGCCAACUCACUUCUCCGGGAGCUCCUGCAGCAGAGCAGCUCUUUUGACGUGAGCAAGCCUUACAGACUGCACAGCCCGCCCUACUCCCACGCCCAGAGCCCCAACAGAGUAUCUGCUCCUUCUUCCCUGGCUAAAUCAGCCCCAGCCCAGUCCCUCAGCUCCACCACCCCUAAACCGGAGCUUCGUAAAGACUCCUCCUCCCCUGAGAGGAGAAACUACUCCUCUGAGGCGCCUCAAAGUCCAGAGGAGGCUGCGGAAGACAGCGGCUCCUUCUCCGUUCGGCGUUCCCGACGUCUGGCCUCCUUCCCCAGCCGCUUCGCCAAGAGGCUGCGGCCUGGGCGGGCGAGGGAAGGAGAGGGCAAGGACAAGCAGGAGAAAGAGGAGGGACGAGCGGGGGUCAAACUCCUGCCAACCCUAGCGGGAGGGGGAACGACGACGGAGGUGCAGCCAGAGCCGCUAACGACCGGUGAUGGCAACAUUGGUACAACGGAGCCGACCAAACCCUGUUGCCACAACGAAAAGCGAGCCUGCCUCUGCCUGCCUCUGAAUCCCAAAUCCACAGGAGAGUCCCAGUACAGCACCAAGCCUUUUGAGCAGACGCUCACUGUGGAUCUGUGCGGAACGGCAGGUCUCACCCCUCCCACCACCCCACCUCACAAACCAGUGGAGGAUGAGCUCUUCAAGCCGGCAGAGGGAGGAAAGGGUGGUGGAGGAGCAGGUGGCGGCAGCAGCGACGAUGGCGGAGGAGGUGGUGGCAGCGAGUCUGUUCAUCCGGCUUCAAACACCAACGUCGCCGCAAAGGGCUCGUCUUGGCUGAGCCGCGGCCACCACCAGAGGAAGCUUCCGGAGCAGACGGAGCUGUACGCCCAGCUGCGGCGCAUGGGCCAGGCUGGUGACAGUGACACCCAUCGCAGCUUUGGCGACCACGACUACUGCGCACUGAGCCUCGGGGAGAGCCGCAAGCGUAGCGCUGCCAUGCUCGGCGCCAUGUUGCAGGCGCAAGGAGGGAGCGAUGGACUCGGCAGCCCAGCACCCAAAGCAGCUGACGAUCAGGCGUCGGAUUGGAGGGAGAAGGUGGAGAGGCCGGUGACGUCAGAGGUCGCAGAACCGAAGGAACAGCUGACGACCGUGGUGAUAUCACCAUCGCCGCCGUCAGACUGCCAGUCGGCGGAAGCCACACCGCCAACCUCAGAGGAAGAGGCGGAGCACUCGCUGGCAUCUCGCUCACCCUCGCCCAACCUCCUCUUGUGUCCCGACUCCCCCGCCAGCAAGACAGACUCCAGCGAGAACUCAGAGAUCUGUCCUGAUGACAAGCAGAGGAACAAAGCCAAGUCUGACGAGGACAACUGCCAGGUGUUUUACAUCCACAACCUGCCAAGCAGCGUGACCCAGAACAUGCUGAGGAAACGCUUCCAGGUUUUUGGCAAAGCAGAGGAUUGCAAAGUCAUCAUCUGCAACGAGGAGCGCUGUGGGGUGAUAAAGAUUCGCCAGUCAGGGGUUCAAAGGCACUGGAGAGAACGGGAGACAGUUUUCCAGAAUGGACCUGGGGGCCUGAGGAGGCUGACAAGAAAACGCUACAUAGACCUUGAUGAGGCAGGUCCAGGCCCUGUCAAGAGCAAGUAUGAUGCACUGGACUUUGACACUCUGCUGAAGGAGGCCCAGAAGUCCCUGCACCGCUGACGGCACAGCGCCCCUGACUGGCCAGCCUUAGUAAACCGCAGCAACACCCCUCCAACUACACAGCUCUGCCCUCAGACAGGUCUCUCAGUACCUCCAUGCAAGGCAACCUCGCAAAAUGUUUACAUUUUUACCAUUGGAAUAAAAUAACGAUAAGGACCUUGUUGUUUUUUAAGUUUCUUUCACCGGAGGAUACUGCUUAAAAACGAGGAAGCCACUGGGAGUCUGGAUGAGUUUAGAGACAAUGGAGGAAAUAAGACUUUUAACAGCAAUGGUACAACUACAAACGACAAUGAUACAGUUCUCUGCUGAACAACACUAACAACAAAGCUGCUUCCUGUCUGUGUUGGUGACAUCAUCGCCCCCGCCUUGGAAGCACCAGUGUGAGAGACCUCUGUAGCAAAUCCUUGCUAUCCCUGCGUUGCGUUGGUCGUCGUUGUGUGUGUUCCUGCGUGUGCGUGUUCUUUGUUCUGUUUGUUUUGUAAAAAAAAAAGAAAAAAAAACUCCCUCUUUCCGGCCAGGGGUGGUGAACCUGCAAGCUGUGUUCGCCAUGAAAUUGUGUGGUUGUGUAACCAGAAAAAAAACAUAACCCCGCUUUGUUUUAGCGAAAAAAUGUGGAUGUUAUAAAUUUUAAAAUCUAUUGUAUGUGUGUUAUGGACAAAGAAUAUAACAAAAAACAUUUAACGUAAUCAUUUGAUGACUGAUAAAGUUUACAAAUCUAAAAUGAAGAAGAAAAAAAUCAUGUUUUUUUCUUUUUUGUAAUUGUAGUGCUUCCUUGAUUUAAUCUAUGCACUGUAAGGAGGUAAAUGUCUCCGCUGUCCUCCACUUUCCCCCUUUGACUCUAAUCUCUAACUCUGCCAUGCUGACUAUUUUGGCUUCUGCUACUGGCUGCUGCAGGGUCUGUUUGAUAGGCGCUUUGUUCCAUUAAGACCCCAACUUGGAUUUGGGAAAAAUUUUACCUCAAUUGUUUCCAACCAAUUCAAACAAAAGCGGUGACUAGAAAAGCACUUAUCUUGAAUGUUGCACCUCUUGUGAAUUGGCCAAAAUAAGAUAAAAUAAGAUACCAGUUGAGUUCAACUUCAUUUGGAGACUCUGCUGUUGAUGUCAGGCGUCCUACUACAUGACAGGAAUGGAUCACAAAAAAGUUCUGAGCAGUUUUUUAGUUUCAUCUUCAAAAAGAUGCUUAAAAAUAUUUACUGCUUGGGUUAAAGAAAAUCCUUGGGUUUUGUGUUAGAAGUAAGGGUUAGCGUUGGGUUAAGAUAUGAGCUGGGCCAGGAUUGGAUUGGGAUUAAGUCAGGGUUACAGUUACGGGAAAGGUGUAAAGGUACCAAAAUUGAUGAUUGAACACCAAUGCUGCACUAUCCAAUAAAGCAUCACUGAACACUACUUAUUAGUAACAGUAUCAACGUAGUCACCCAAGGCUUUGACAUUUUCUUGCUUUGGUUAAGUAAUGGCCAAACAUCCACUCUAGGAGUGGAUCACUGUUGUUGGAUACUGUUUAUCAAUGACAGGUUCUUUGGUGCUCACAUGGAUCCAGUCCUCGAUUGCUUCUGAAAUAUGAAAAAGUGGCCAGCAUCAAAAUUCUUGGGUCAUCCAGACUUCAAACUACUGAUGCCAGUUUUUAUAAAACAGUUGUUUGUGCUUCAUCGGCUGAUACCAGGUAAAUUUCUUCCACAUCUAGAUGGGUCUUGAUGUAUCUUUGAUAUGGUCCCACUGAACAUAUGUCCAAUAAAGGCUGCAGCCUAAUGACACCCCCCCCAAAUGCCACAGCCAAUGCAACAGUUACUGUUUACAUUUGGUCUGCAGCAAGCAGGACUGAAAUGGGGAAAUAAAGAUGGUAGCCACUGGCGCUUUUAUACCAUACUCGGUAUGAAUUCAUCACAUCCGCACUUUGUCGGGACCAUCCCAGUCCUAUCUUCUUCCACACAAAGUUCAUCAGCCAUUACAGGGCAAAGAACUGUAAAUGGAAUUCAACUAUUUGGAUUGUCCACAAAUUCUUUUUUUCUCUGUAACAUUGGCACUCGACGUUGGGUUUCGUAAGUACGAACCAGUUUGCUCCCCAUAAUCCAACCAUGGAACAUUGCUACAGUUAGACAUAGAUGAAUCUGUUGGUUCAAAUGGAAUGUAUUUAAGAAUCUGAAUGUAAUCAUUGGGUUUUCCCCAUUUCUGCUUGCCCAAAGAUUGUGGAGCUUUUUGGUGCUUUAAAAGGUAGACUUCCUUAGUCAUCCAGUUGAUCCAGCAUGUGACUAAUUCUAGCUGGAAGUGCAGUCUGGGUAGCGUCUAAUUUACAUUCCUAUCACAGCCAGUAGCACCCGACGUCAAAAGGGAGAGAGCCUCCAAGUCUGCAAAUCUGGUGGUACCAAACUGCCACCUACAACACAGCCAGGGAAAGAGCGAGGGAUGGGCUUGAAAGUAAUGAAAAGAGCAAUCGGCCAAGAAUCUGAUUUCUCGUCCGGGAGGUACUGUAUCAGCUGAGCAUCUCUACCUCACAUCCAUCCAUCCCUGCUCCCCCUGUCUUUUUUUUUUCUUGACCCCCUGGAUGCUCUCCCCCUCCUCUUUUAUAAGUCUCUCACUCUUUGGUUUUUUGUGGGAAGCGUUCUCUGUGUGAGGUUUUCCCCAUCAGAGGGGCGGUUAUAGGUAGUAUGGGGGUUUUUGUUUGAUUUUUUAUACUAUGACUCCUUCUACCACUAAGUCCCAAGUAAGAGGAAUAAUCUCUGUCUUUCUCUAACUCUAUCCUUCGCUUGCCUCAUAACGGUUUUAAGCGUGUCCGUUUCUUGGAGUCUCAAUCGUGCGUCCUUGUGAGUGUUUUGUCUUUGUCUCGUGUUUGAGUUGGACACUGCUGACGCUUGCGGGUUGGUAAGGAGGGGUCGGCAGGGGCUGAACGGUGGCUGGGUGGUUUGGUUGGUCCUUGAAUGCGCUUGGAAGGGAAGAUUCCCAAUCUUCUCUCCUUGCCUUCAUUUUCUUGUUUUGUUCAGGGACACGCCAUUCCUCCUGAUUACCCUGUACCUCCUCUCCUUGGCUAGGAAUUUCAAUAAAAUGCAGCGCAACUCUUCCCCUAUCUCUAUCUUUGACUCUGUCGCUUUCUGGCUCUUUGGGUUCAAGGCCUUGUUUACAGGUCUUCUCCAAACCCUGGUAAACCCCCUCCCCCCUUUUUAACAAAUAAUCCCCCUUUCCCCAUCCUCGUCCUUGUUCUUUCUCUAUCUAAUCAACUCCUCUGUAACACACACAAAAAAAUUGAAUGUUUACAUCACUCGAUUCUCCUUUGAAUUUAUUAGGAACGCACACUAAGUACAAAGGCGCCUUAUUCAGUGUUUUGAAAAAAAUAAGAGCAAGUGAAGAGGCCUAGAAGGACGGACCCUCUCCAGGCUCACCAAUGUCCAAAACUAACAAAAACAAUUUAGUGCUAUACAUACUGAUUGAGAAACAAGGUGUCAGGAAAAAAAGGAAAAAAAAAUAAUUUAAUUGUAACAAAACUAAUUGCGAACAACUGAAUGAGUAUUUGUGCUUAGUAUGUAUACUACUAAAAAGUGAGAGAAUGUGCUGGUUUACAUAUUAAAAACAGAAAAUAUAUUAUAUGAAUAUAUAAUGUGUAUAUAGCAC